UGAUGAGUAGAAAAUAAUGCUUAUGUGAAGCGUAGAUACAUAAACUUAUAAAUAAUUGUAUAAGUUGUGGUCGUAUUGUGUGUUCAGUUGAAGGUGAAGGACCAUGUUUAUUUUGUGGGAAUCAAAUUAUGAAGAAAGGAGAACUUCUUAUUGAUGAUUCAUAAUUUCCAGAUAUGGAAUCUAAAACAGCUUAUUCAAAAGCUUUGAUGCAUAAGGAUAAACUAUUAGAUUUUCAUAGACGAGAUGUACAUCAAUCAAACAUUAUUGAUGAUUAAGCAGAUUAUUAUUAAAUAGUAGAUGAUGUUUGGUAAAAUGAAGAUAUUAGAUCAUAAGCUGUAAUUAAAUUGAUUUAAUAAGCUGAUGCUGAAUAAACAAAUACUGUAAAAUAGGUAUUAGAUUUGUAAACAAGUAAAAAUAUAAUGUUAUAAAUAUAGUGUAAUUUAGAUUAGAGAAAGAGACUAAUGCAAAAUAGGCUGAUGAAUUUAGAGAUGAAGCAAAAUAAUUAUUAAAAGAAGCUGAAUUAGCAGAUAAGAAAAAGAAUUAAAAUAAUUCUAAGACUUCACAUCUUGCAGACAAUUAAGAAUAUUAAAAAUUAUAUAAUGAAAUAAUAACAAAUUUAAAUAAUGAAACAAAAAAAGAAUCAAAAAAAUAGAAUAAUAAAAAUAAUAAAAAUAAUCAGAAUACAUAAUAAUUUAAACCAACAAGUUGUCGUGUUUAAUUUACAGAUGAAUAUUUUUAAGACUUUUAAAAAGAAUUAUUAAAAGUUGUAAAUUAAGAAUAAUAAUAAGAAGAUAUAUUUGAUGAAUCAUUUUUUAAAGUAGAAGAUGGAAUUGGGUGUUUGUCUAUGCAUUAACCAUGGGCAUAAUUGGUUGUUGAAGGAUUUAAAAGGAUUGAAGGUAGAAUGUGGGGAACUAAUUAUAAAGGUCCUUUAUGGAUUCAUGCAGGUGCAAAAUAACCAGAAACAGAAUUAAUAUCAGCUAUUGAACAUCAAUAUUCUCAAUUGUAUAAUAAUUUGGAUAAUAUACCAUAAUUUCCAGCACGUUAUCCUACAGGAGUAUUGAUUGGAGUUGUUGAUAUGGUUGGUUAUGUGAGAGCAGCAGAAUAUAAUAAAAUGGUACCAAAAGAGAAAUAGGAAGAAGGAGACACAGAAUUCAAAUUUGUUUUUAGAAAUCCAAGAAAAUUAUUAAUACCUAUAUAAAUGAGAGGUUCAAAUAAUAUUUUUAAAUUGGAUGAUGAUAUAUUAAAAAUUGCAAUUAAAUAAUUGGAAAAAGUACCAGUUAAAUGGGGUCCAUAUUUGAUAGAUCCAAAAGAUGUAGCAAAAGAGGCAAUAGGAGAAAAGUAAGUAGAUGAUACAAUGUCUAAGAUUUAAGAGUAAUUUGUUAUAAAUAAUAUAAAUGAAAUAUAGGAGAAAUCUAUAAAUGAAUAAUAAUAAAAAGUUGAAAAUUCAAUAGUGACAGAUUAACCAUAAUAAUAAGAAAAGAGAUAUUAAUAAGUUUAAUCUAUUGACAGUUAAUUUGAAAAGUAAUUGGAAUGGGGUAUACUAAUAAAAAAUGUGUUAAAAAGAGAUUAAUUAGUUAGAAUGGCAAAUUUCUUAUCAACUAAGAUUAAGAAGUAGAAUAAUUAAAAGGGAGCACUUAAAUUAUCAUUUAUGGCAAAGAAUUAAUUACCAUGUCAUGAUAUUAUUACGAAUACAAUUUCUAAUAUAACAGGUAAUGAAAAUCAAUAUGAUAAUUGCACAAUUCAUUUCUUAAAAUUAGCAGAUAAGAAAAUAUGUAUACAAAAUGCAACAGCUUUAAUUUUGAUUGGUUAAAGUAUGGAAUUUAUGAAUAAUAAUCAAUAAAUUUUAUUAUAAUAGGGGAAAGUAUUUUUAGUAGAAGAGGGAUACACAUUGAAUGGAUAAUUUAGUAGCGAUUAACAAGAGGAAAAUGUAUUAAAAGACAUUAGUUAAGAUUAUGUAUUUAAAACCUGGUUGAUAUAAUUAUAAUAAUGAUAAAAAUUGCACCUUCUAUUUUGACAUGUGAUUUUUCUAUUUUCUAUGAGGAAUGUGACAAAUUAUUGAAAAUGGGUGUUGAUUGGUUACAUCUAGAUGUAAUGGAUGGACACUUUGUUCCUAAUCUAACUUUUGGACCACCAAUUAUUAAAUGUUUAACAAAUAGAUUGUAAAAUCGGACAUUCAUUGAUUUACAUUGUAUGAUAUAAGAACCUAGAAAAUGGAUAAAAGAUCUUUCAAAUGCAGGUGGUCAUUAAAUGACUGUUCAUUAUGAAUCAGAUAUUGGCAAUAUUGAAGAAUUAUCAUAAAUGAUUAAGAAUGCAGGUAUGAGACCAGCAUUAGCAUUGAAACCUAAAACAUUAAUUGAUCAUACAUUAAUAGAAAUAUUUGAUAAAUAAUUAUUUGAUAUGAUCUUAAUUAUGACAGUAGGUAUAAAAUAACCUAAUCAAAAGAACCUGGAUUUGGUGGAUAAAAAUUUAUGGCUGAUAUGUUACCAAAAGUAACUUAACUUAGAUAAAGAUAUCCUAAAAUUGAUAUCUAAGUUGAUGGUGGUGUGAAUUGUGACAAUGUUAUUAGUUGUUAUGAGGCAGGUGCUAAUGUAAUUGUAUCUGGUAGUGGAAGUAAAUAUAAUAUAUUAUAUAUUAAAAUAGUUGUUAAUGCAAAAGAUCCAUAACAAUCUAUUAAUUAUAUGAAAGAAUGUGGAUGUUAACAUUUUAAAUGUUGA